AUGGUACCAGCAGAGAUCACAUCUGAACAAGGGACCCGGGGGAAGGGGAGGCUGGGAGGAGCCAUGAAGGGGCUGAGUGACAAUCUGAGGAACACUUUGGCCUGGUCCUGGAAGGGUCUUUCAAAAAAUGCAAAGGAGAAAGAGGAUUGGGAGAAGGAGGCAUUGGCCAGACAUGACAUUCUGCUGCCAAAUGAGAGAAGCUUUCACCAUGCUGCUAAAAGAAACAAUUUGGAUAUCAUGGAGCAGCUGGUUGAGGAGAAAGUUAACAUUAAUGCCGUGAACAGUAUGAAGCGCACAGCCCUGCAUUUUGCUGUGGGUGGAAACCAUUUAUCAGCAGUAGAUUUCCUUCUCAAUCAUAAGGCCAGAGUGGACAUUGCUGAUAAGCAUGGCUUGACUGUCCUCCACCUUGCAGCCUGGUCUGGGAGUCUAGAAAUCAUGCUCAUGUUAGUGAAAGCUGGAGCUGAUCAGAAAGCCAAGAAUCAGGAUGGAAUGACUAUCCUUCACUUUGCGGCUCAGAACAAUAACGUGAGGAUUGUGGAGUAUCUUAUUCAGGAUCUACAUCUGAAAGACCUGAAUCAGCAGGAUGAGAAAGGAAGAAAGCCAUUUCUUUUGGCUGCUGAAAAGGGACACGUCGAAAUGAUAGAGAAACUCAUCAUGCUCAACCUGCUCACUUCAGAAAAAGACAAGGAGGGAAAUACGGCUUUGCACCUAGCGGCGAAGCACGGUCAUUCCAGUGUUGUAGAGGUGCUGAUAACCCAGUGGCAAGAAAUAAAUGAACCCAAUGAAGAUGGAGAAACACCAUUCUUUUUGGCUGUUGCAGGAGGUCACAAAGAAUGCAGCAAAUUGUUAUUGGAUGCAGGGAGUGAUGUCAACAUUCCAAAUAAUAACAACUUUACUGCUUUGCAAAUAGCAACCCAGAAUGGGCACAUACCCCUUGUCACUUUUCUUCUCAGUGAAGACAUUGUUCUGGACCAGAAGGCUGAGCAGGAUUCCCCUCUUCACUUAGCCGUUGCCAACAACCAUGUCACAGUAGUGAACAACUUAUUGGGGGCUAAGCACAAUGUUGAUGCCUUAAAUCAGAAGCAGCAAACCCCUCUGCACCUAGCAGCGGAUCUUGGAAACGUGGAAUUGGUGGACACCCUGUUGAAGGCAGGCUGUGAUCUGAAGAUUGUGGACAAGCAAGGAAGGACUGCAUUAGCUGUAGCAUCCAGGAGCAACCAUUCUCUCGUCGUAGAUAUGAUCAUCAAAGCAGAGAGAUACUAUGCCUGGAGACAGGAACAUCAAGGAAGCAGUUAUGAUUCACCAAUAGACCCUGCUCUGACAUUCAAACAAGAUCAUAGUUUGGAGACGAAGCAGAUCCGCUCUUGCCUCUGGAAAUUGGCUUACUGUCAACUUAAAGCCCAAGAGUGGCGGAAGCUGGCUCGCUCCUGGGAAUUUUCAGAUGCACAGAUCAAAGCUAUUGAAGAGCAGUGGUCAGGAAGUGAAAGCUCUUGUGAGCAUGGCCAUAGAAUGUUGCUCAUCUGGUUACAUGGAAUACUGAUGAGACGUGAGAACCCCAUGAAACACUUAUAUGAAGAUCUGGUAAAUGUGGGGUUUCCAGAACUAGCAGAGAAGAACCGACAACUACAAAGCAGUACAGAUACAAAUGCUAAGAAAUGUUCAGUUUCAUAGCCUCUUGGAGAGAAAUGAUGUAUACAUACCCUUUAACCCAGUGAUAAAAUUUCUAGGCCCACAUGAGGAGAUCAAAGAAAGAAAAAGACCAGGAUA